CCUCCUUCUGCACUGAACUGUGCAUGUGAACAGGUGGACGAGCAGCUCGUGAAAGGAGCGCUGCUGCGUAUGGUAGUCAAUACACAGGCUUCUGGAAAUCCGCCACCCAUGUUCAUUUGAUAGCCCAUGAUGAUGGCCAAAUAUUUCAGUGUCCUGCUUCUGGUUCUUCCAGCUGUGGCUCAGGAGAUCCCCUCAGCCCCACAUGGCUGCAUGGAAGGGAGCUGUUAUCCGGCAACAGGGAACCUUCUGAUUGGCCGUGCUAUUAAUCUGACCGCCACCUCCACCUGUGGCCUGGAUGAGCCUGAGCUGUACUGCAUCGUCAGUCAUUUGCAGGAUUCAGAUAAGUGCUUUAUAUGUAACUCUCAGGAGCCAUACGAUGCCUAUAAUCACAGAAACAGCCACAGGGUGGAGAAUGUCAUCUACCAGAGAGACCGCAGAGGAGAACUCACAUGGUGGCAGUCUGUAAAUGGAGAGGAGAAUGUCAGUAUUCGACUAAAUCUUGAGGCAGAGUUCCACUUUACUCAUCUCAUAAUGAAGUUUAAGACGUUUAGACCUGCUGCUAUGAUGAUUGAGCGUUCUUCAGAUUUUGGACGUACAUGGAGGCCAUAUCGCUACUUCGCUUACAACUGCACCAAGACUUUCCCCAGGGUUCCUGCUCAUUCUCUUCGGUUUAUUGAUGAGGUCAUCUGUGAGGAGCGUUACUCUGACAUUGAACCGUCCACUGAAGGAGAGGUCAUCUACAAAGUGCUGGAUCCUGCGAUCCAUGUCAACGACCCAUACGGUCUUGACAUUCAGGAUUUGUUGCGGAUCACUAACUUACGGAUAAACUUCACUAAACUGCACACCCUGGGCGAUAACCUGCUUGACCGCCGUCCUGACGUGCUGCAGAAAUAUUACUAUGCGCUGCAUGAGCUGGUUGUGCGCGGGAGUUGCUUCUGCUAUGGUCACGCGUCGGAGUGUGCACCAGUACCUGGAGUGACCACUAGGGAUUCAGGCAUGAUUCAUGGACGUUGUGUGUGUAAGCACAACACUGUGGGAUUAAACUGUGAGUUCUGCAGAGAUUUCUACCAUGAUGCACCCUGGAGGCCCGCCGAGACUGAUAACGCACACACCUGCAGGGAAUGCAACUGUAACGGUCACUCCAAUCAAUGUCAUUUUGACAUGGCGGUAUAUCUGGCUACUGGGAACACCAGUGGAGGCGUGUGUGACAAUUGUGUCCACAACACCAUGGGCCGCAACUGUGAGACCUGCAAACCUUUUUACUAUCAGGAUCCAGCUAGAGACAUCAGAGACCCAAAUGCAUGUGUCUCCUGUGACUGUGACCCCGUGGGCUCUGUAGAGGGAGGAGUUUGUGACAGUCAUACUGAUCUGGAUCUGGGUAUGAUUGGUGGUCAGUGUCGCUGUAAGCAGAAUGUCAUGGGUCAGCGCUGCGACUACUGCAAAGAGGGACACUAUGGACUCAGUCUUGACAACACACUGGGAUGCCAGCCAUGUAACUGUGACCCCCGUGGGAUCACCAUGCGGGGGGCCCCAUGUGAUCAGAUCAGCGGAGACUGCUCCUGCAAAAGAUACGUCACUGGUCGCUACUGUAAUCAGUGCCUGCCUGAAUACUGGGGAAUCAGCAAUGAUCUGGCAGGUUGCAGACCCUGUGACUGUGACUUUGGUGGUUCAACCAGCAGCAGAUGCCUGAUGGACAACGGUCAGUGUGACUGUCGGCCUCAUCUGAUUGGACGGAAGUGUUCUGAAGUUCAGCCUGGGUUUUUCUGUGCUUCUCUGGAUUAUUACAAAUAUGAAGCAGAGAGAGCUGUAGGUCACUCCCCUGAUGAUCCCGCUCUUCCUGGCAAUCCGAGACCUCAGGCUGAGACCGACUGUGUGCAGCAUCUCAACAAUCAGCUGAGAAGACACCGCCGUCACCGUCAGCAGCAGAGGGCAGCACUGAGACGUAUCCGACAGUUGCAACAAACACCCAGCGUGAGCAUAGUACACAGAGAGAGACAGCCGGGUCAGAUGGUCACAUGGACCGGACCGGGCUUUGCUCGGGUUAAAGAUGGAGCUGGCCUAGAGUUCACCAUCAGCAACAUCCCUUACGCCAUGGAAUAUAACAUCAUGAUCCGAUACGAGCCAGAGUCCACAGAGGACUGGGAGGCUAUAGUGAGUGUGACAUCCCUGAAUUUACCCACAAGUCUCCGCUGUGGAAACAUGCUGCCCACAGAGCAGAUGUACACAGUCACAAUGCCCCACCACAGGAGGUACAUUGAAAUGCCAAGGCCCUUCUGCUUUGAACCAAACAACCAGUAUGUGGUGUCCGUCCGUUUCCAGCGCCACGGCGUGUCUCACCGACAUCUCACCGCCUUCAUUCUGAUCGACUCACUUGUGCUGAUACCCAGGUAUGAGGAGCUUCCUGGUUUCCAGGGUGACGACGGCCCAGACGAGCGUCGACGGCAGGAGAUGGAGGUCUACAUGUGUUUGGAUUCCUUCACGACCCUGCCGAUGCCUGCGCUGGCGGAGCUGUGCACCACACUCAUCUGCAGCAUCUCUGCUAUCAUACAUAACGGAGCCCUGGCAUGUCAGUGUGACCCUCAGGGUUCACUGAGUGCAGAGUGUGACAAAGUGGGAGGUCAAUGUCACUGUAAACCCAAUGUUAUUGGCCAUCAAUGUGAUCAGUGUGCACCGGGGACGUACGGAUUUGGGCCAUAUGGCUGCGCUGAUUGCGACUGCCACUCUCAGGGCUCUGUAGGGCAUCAGUGUGACCCUGUGACGGGUCAGUGUCCGUGUCGGCAUGGGGCGAUUGGUCGCCAGUGCUCUGACUGCCAACCAGGUCAGUGGGGAUUCCCCAACUGUAGGCAGUGUCAAUGUAAUGGCCACGCUGAGAGCUGUGACACUGACACUGGCGCCUGCUAUGAGUGCAGAGACUUCACAGCUGGACAGCUGUGUGAGAGGUGUGUAAACGGUUUCUAUGGUGACCCAGUAUUGGGUUCUGGUGAGCACUGUCACCCCUGUCCCUGUCCAGGACACCCUGACAGCGGACACUCCAAUGGAGCUUCCUGUCAGGCAGACUAUGACUCUAACCAGAUCCUCUGCCAGUGUGGUGAAGGAUAUGCAGGUCCUCGCUGUGAUCGCUGCGCUCCCGGUUACUACGGUGAUCCUGAGCGGCCUGGCGGGGCUUGCAGGCCGUGCCAGUGCAACGGGAACAUUGAUCCCCAGGACCCAGAGUCAUGUGACCCACGAACCGGCCAAUGCCUCAAGUGCCUGUAUAACACUGACGGCGACUCUUGCUCUGAGUGUAAAUCAGGUUAUUAUGGAAAUGCACUCUCCCAGGACUGUAGGCGCUGUACUUGUGUUACUGCUGGCACUUUACAGGGCUACUGUACUGAUGGAGUAUGUCACUGUAAUGAGCAGACUGGACAUUGCCCCUGCAAACCAAACAUCAUUGGCCACAACUGUGACCAGUGCGCCCCCAACCACUGGAACUUCGGCUCGGACUUUGGAUGUGAACCCUGUGGAUGCGUCCAGCCAAAUGCCCUCAGCACCCAUUGCAAUAUGUUCACUGGCCAGUGUCAUUGUCAGCCAGGUUUUGGAGGACGGCAGUGCAAUGAGUGUGAGGCGUUCCACUGGGGUGAUCCCAGAGUACAGUGUGAAGAGUGUAACUGCCACUUCCUGGGGUCCGAGACAGCUCAGUGUAACCGCAUAACAGGUGCAUGUGAGUGUAAGGAGGGAGCUUCAGGACGUCGCUGCGACGAGUGCGCCCGUGGCUUUACCGGAAGCUUCCCCAAGUGUGUUCCCUGCCAUCCCUGCUUCCAGCUAUGGGAUGAUAUUGUGUGCUACGUCUACCGAGAUCUGACCCACAUCAAGAAUGUCAUUGCCAUGAUUCUGGAGAAGGGUGAGGUGCCCGGAGUCAGUGACGGCCGCAUCCUUGAGCUGGAGAAGAAGCUGGCACAGGUUCAAGAUCUGAUCAAAGAUGGAGACCAAGAGGGAACCUUUAACUUAAUCAGCCAGGCUAUUGAUGACUUGAGAGCAGAGAUUGCUUUGACUGAUGGGCGUCUGAUGGGUGUGAUUCGGGACCUGAAUGUGACGGCAGACCUUGACAAAGCUCUGAAACAAACCCUAACGGCACUGGAGAAAGACCUGAAAGACUUGAACGAUACACUUCACCUAUUGCGCAGAGGGCUCGAGAACUCCCUCACUGCUGGAAUAGCAGAGCAAUUUGAAAAUGUGCGCAAGUACUACCAGAGUUCGCUGAAUUCAGAGCAGCGCUGUAAUGCCUCCGUAUACGGACCCCAAAGUCCCGUGGAACAGUCUGAAGACACACGUAACCAUACUGAAGCCUUGCUGAAAGAGAGAAAGGACAGCUUCCUGCGUACAGUUGCUGCCAAUGAUAGGUCUUUGACUGAACUAAAGGAGAAAGCUCACGAGAUAGACCGAAAUGUCCGUCAUCUCAGCAACAAGGUAUGUGGUGGCCAUGGCAAUGCUAGUGCAAAUAGCAGCUGUCCUGAUAGCCCUUGUGGAGGAGCUGGUUGUCGUGACCAUGACGGUGCGCUGAAGUGUGGAGGGAAAGGGUGUAAUGGAACCGUUGGGGCCUCAGUGACGGCCCUGGGCCACGCUGAAGAUGUUCUUAAGAACCUGACCGCUGCCAGCGAGGAGAUACAAACCGUGGCUAAAAAGCUUCGAGACAUCACCACACUCACCCAGACUGUGAAGACUCAAGCGAAGGAUACUCUCGAUAAAGCCCAGAGCAAGAAAGAUCUCUUUGAGAACUCCAACAAGAUACUCAAAGACUUCAUUCAGAAGAUUAGAGAUUUUUUGAAUGAGGAGGGAGCAGAUCCAGAAAGCAUUGAAAAAGUGGCCCAGCAGGUUUUGGCGAUCUCCUUGCCAGUCAACAGGACCGUAAUGAUCAACAUAGUCAAACAAAUCAAAGAAAGCAUCGACAACCUCACCAACGUGGAGGAGCUGAUCAACCACACCUCAGAGCAACUGACCAAGGUCAAGGAUCUGCUUAAAAGAGCACAAGAUGCAAAGACACAAGCUGAAGGAGUGAGCAAUAAUAUCAAUAAAACGAUAGAAGCACUUGAAACCUCUCAAAGUGCUAUAAAGAAAGCUGAGAAGGAAAUGACCACAGCACUGGAAAACCUCAAAAAUACCCAGAACAUCACUAACACGGUUGACAACAAACUCUUAAAUUUAGACAACAGCCUCAUGGAUGUGAUGAUGCGAUUGGCCAAUUUGUCGCAUGGAGUGGAUUUAUUAAAGAAUAAAACGGAGCAGAACAGGGAGAUGGCAAAAGAUGCCAAAGCCCAGUCGGACAAUGCAACUCAAGAGGCUGCUGGACUUCAAGAGGAACUGACAAAUGCUGAGAAUCUGUAUAAGGAGCUGAAAGAAAAAGUAGACUCAGUAGGAGGAACCGGAGAGGGUAAUGUUAACCAGAGAGCCAUAGAGAUGAAGAAAGAAGCAGAGGAACUGCUGAAUAAGGCCACCAUGGGCAUGGAAACCCUCAGAAAACUGGAGAGAAAGUUAAACAAGAACGAGCUGAAGAUGCAGAAUCAGCGUGAUGAACUGGCAGAUCUGGAGAAAAACGUUACAGACGUCAGAGAAUUUAUCAGAUUAAAAGUCAUGGGCUACAACAACUGUCAGUAAGCUGUAAAUUAAUGACAAAAUCCUGAAAUCAAUCGAUCCUCUCAAUCACACUCUGUGUGAUUCACAUAUUGUUGCAUUAUAGAAAUAAAUAAAAUCUUUACUACAUAAUUUUUAUGACAUUGGUGACACACUUCAGAAUGAAGCUCUAGGUCUUAUUGUCAUUCUACUGAAAAAGAGGUUCUCAUUUUUUUUUUAUUUUUUUUUAUAAACUGCUGUUUUGUUCUUAUUUUGUCAAAACUAGCUGACUGUCGGCUUCCUAAUUUGAAACAUACAGUGAAACAGAACAGUCACUUAUGUUACACAUUUAAUGUUUAUUCAUCUUUAUGAGUUUUUUUUUUAAUUAAUUCACUUUUCUUAAAUAAGCCAAUCAGACCACAGUUUGAGAACCACUGUAUUAGAUAAACUGUUAUUAUGUUGUAAUACAUAACUGUACAACCUAGUAUUGUUCAAAAUUCUGGGGUCAGUAAUGUUUUAUUUUUUAGAAAUUAAUACUUUUAUUCAUCAAGCAUGCAAUA